CUGCCGCUGCGCGCUUCAUCACAUUCUCAAUACAUAGCAACUGUGCCUACACACUGCUGAGCAACAACGGCUGAAGCGUUUUAACCAGCAUAAACGAAUCCUAUUUCUCCCUGAUUACCUUUUUGUUUUGUUGUUUUCAUUGCUUCUUGAUAUCCUCUUUGAACGUAAAAUACUAUCUAAGCCACUAUAGCUAGACUAUUGGGCUCAUUAGACACGUAUUGUUAACUGAUGAUUGCGAGGAGCUACUAAAAUAGCUGUGGUUAGGUCCGAAAUGGAUUUACAAACGCUAAAUGAUACGUCUGGGAUUUGGGCAUGUCUCCAGCCUCAGAACGGGACCUCAAACGGAAGUCUGGAGUUCCCCAACGGCACCUGCGGAGAUGCGCUCCUGCUCCCCAAGACGGAACCAGCGCGCGCCAAAGACAUGGAUUCACUGCGCAUACUGCUAUACUCCUUCAUAUUCCUGCUGAGUGUGUUUGGUAAUCUGCUCAUCAUUGUGGUUUUGGUGGCGAAUAAGCGAAUGCGGACGGUGACCAACUCAUUCCUGCUCUCCCUGGCCAUUAGUGAUCUUAUGAUGGCUGUUUUCUGCAUGCCAUUCACUCUUAUUCCCAACCUGCUGGAGGAUUUCAUCUUUGGAGCUGCUAUGUGCAAGAUUGUGGCCUAUCUUAUGGGAAUUUCUGUCUGCAUAUCUACCUUCAGUCUGGUGGCUAUAGCCAUUGAGAGGUACAGUGCUAUUUGCAACCCGCUGAAGUCACGUGCAUGGCAGACCCGAUCCCACGCCUACAAAGUCAUCGCUUCCACUUGGGUUCUGUCCUUCCUUAUUAUGAUACCCUAUCCCAUUUUCAGCACCCUGAUUAAGUUGACCAAACCCAAUAACAUCACAGCUCACAUGUGCCGCCAUGACUGGCCGAAAAUCGAGGUGGAGCAAGCGUGGUGCAUCCUGUUGCUAUUUGUUCUGUUCUUCAUUCCUGGAGUGGUGAUGAUCAUCGCUUAUGGGCUCAUAUCUCGUGAGCUCUUCCGUGGAAUACAGUUUGAACUGGAACAGAAGAAGGGACAGUGCGGAAUGAAAAAUGGCAUCAGCACCACUGUCUUAAGUACCAGCGAUGAUGGAGACGGCUGCUACAUCCAGGUGUCCAAGAGGCCCAACUCCUUGGAGAUGUCAGCCCUCACCCCAACGGGCUCCGCAAAGGUGGACCGACCCCGCAGCAAUACCUCCGAAGCUAAACUGAUGGCGAAGAAGCGAGUGAUCCGUAUGCUUAUCGUCAUUGUGGCCAUGUUCUUCAUCUGCUGGAUGCCCCUGUACUCCGUUAACACCUGGAAAGCGUUUGACCUUCCCUCUGCCCACAGGGCUCUCUCUGGAGCCCCCAUCUCGUUCAUCCACCUCCUGUCCUACACAUCUGCCUGCGUCAACCCCAUCAUCUACUGCUUUAUGAACAAGCGUUUUCGAAAGGCACUUUUCACCACUUUCUCUUGCUGCUGCUGGCCCUGCCGUAGAAGAGGCUUCAGGGAAGGUGACGAUGAGGUCACUGCCACCGGAGCAUCCAUGUCUAAGUUCAACUACACCACUGUCAGUACAAUGGGACCGUGCUGAUUCUCAGAGGACCAAGGCUGGGAAAGAUGUAGGAGAACUUGGGUUGAUGUUAAAAUAGUGUCAGGGUUUACAUUUUGGUAGAAGGGAGUAGCUGUAUUCAAAUGGACAGACUUAGAUUGUUUAUCGCCUACUUGCAACCAAGCAUACCACAUGCUACGUCAUCAUCGGUCGUUGUUUUAUGAUCCAUGACAAACUCAUUAGAGACUUGUAUUAUAAAUGUAUAUACUUAAGGUGGCGUCCCACAGGUCGACCUAAAGCAACUCGGUAGGAGCGGUUACACCAACCUCAUCUUCUUCUGUUGAAGGUAUGUUACUUGUUACUCUCACUCAUUAAGAAUGCAAAAGAAAGACUAAAUGACUAAAAAUUUAUUUCUGACUGAAUUAGGAGUCAUUUUGGUGUAGCAGAACCCCAGAACAACACUCAUUUAUGCAACCACAAUGAAUAACAAUCAGCGUUUGAUGUAUGUGGCUUAGAGUUUGCUGAGAGGAAGUUUAGAUCAGAUUCAAACCUGACAACUGUUCCACAGGAUGAGAAGAAGCUCAUUGGUCGGCCUUAUCAGAAUAAUGAUAAUGUCAAUUAUGCGAUUGUCAGAGUCAGCUAGACCAUCAACUCAGCAGGAAGCAGAGUUUCUGGAGCUGUUAGCAAUCACAGAGGGAUGGUUACAUGCACUGACAUCCUAUGAUUCUCAUACAACUAUGUAAAGGACUGACAAUAGCUUUUGGAAUGCACGCCUUUUCAUUCAAGACAUUUCAUGUGAAAUUAUUCUUUUGUUGUAGAUUUAAGUGCCUGCGUAAUUCUUUAGAAUCUGUUCUGAGGUCAAGGCUUUCUUCAGAGUAGUAGUUGCAUAAUGUAAAUGAUUUCACUUAUGUGAAAUGAUCAGAAAUCUUGAACACAGACAUAUAACAGCUCUCCAAAGUCGUAGGUAGCAUGCUUGUAGUCACAAUUUUCUACAGAAUUACAAAAACCUAAUAUGGUGGUUAAUGAUGAUAGUCUGUUGCUAGACAAGACAAAGAUUUUGGCAAUUGGUUUCAUCCCAUUUUUUGGAGCCAAAAAGGUUUUGCUUUGUUUUCAUUGAUGUCCUGCAUGGCCUUCACAAUCUGUGACUCAUUGUCUUGAGUGGCGGUAAAUGCAGGUCACCUCAACUGAACGAGAAUCUAAAACACUCAAUUAGGAUAAACUCAUGCUGAUCUGUCAUAGUCUCACAGACUGAUUUAUUACUGCUUUUACAUGCUCUCACAAUUUUGAUAGAUAUAAGCUUAUUAAGGUCCUCAUAUAUGGUCAUCAAAUAAGAUCAUUCAAACCUGAUUUGCGAUUGUUUCAUUUAUCAUUCUUUUAGAAGGUAAUAAAAAAAAAAUGAGGCAGGUAAGAGAAAGAGAGCGGGACUUGAAUUAAUGUCAGAUAUUUUUGAUGCCCAUUGGAUGUGAGACUUGGGUCAGUAAAAAUGGUCAAAUCACUAAAAUUGAGGACAUUAAAUUGAUUACUGCCUUUAAGUAAAAGUAAACUGCUGCCAAAGUGAGAACCUGCAGUGAUAUGUACAAAGUAUGUUGCACUUUCUCAGCCACUUUGAUUUUUAUCACUUAUGAAGAAAAUUAAGCUGAAAUUAAGUAGGAAGUUAUGAGAUACUUGUUAUGGUAUCUUGUUAUGUAUAUAAUUAUUAAUUAAUUUGUCUGUACACCAUCUGCAAUUCACAUCCAAACAUAAUUACUAACAUUAUUACUUACUUAUUAGUAAGUGGUCACCUUGACUAUAAGUCAAUCCCAGCGGUAUUAUUAUUAUUUUUUUUACAUGUAAAACAGUAAUUAGUUAGAAUAACUAAUUAUGAUUCAUGUCAUGAUGUUUUUCAGUUCCUUUAUAAUGAAAGAAAACCAAAUGCUAGGCACCAUUAAUGAAACAAUUAGGUAAAUUGGUCAUAAAACAGUUCUCGCACGACUGAUUUGAACUGCAUACAUUUCAGCAAUAAGACUUGUUUUACAACUUCGAUUACUAUGGAUGUUUUCAUAGACUUUUUUUUUUUUUUUUUUUUUCACCAAAAUUCCCAUUUCUGGUUUGGUGUUGAUGAAGCUCAAGAUGAAGACAAAAAUGCUUGGGAAACACUGGUUUUAAAAGAUGGUAUUGACUUCUGUCAUCACUUCAAACAUCAUUAUGUGCAAAAGGUUUCUUUACAUCGUAGGUACAGUUGAGCAUAAUCAUAACCGAGCAGGAACCGGCAUACAUUCUCCCUGGAAUAUUCCUAUUACUCCCCUUUCUGUUUAUUUUGCCACCUAUCUUCUCUGUUCCAAAUGUCUGUCCCUUUCUUCCCUGCUUUCUAUAUUUCUAUUUUUUUCCCGUGGCUUUCUAAUCAAUGUGCAUCUGCUCCCUGAAUCUAUAUACUUUGCAGCGAACAAUGUUGUUAUCCACACUUCUCCCCAUGCAGCCCAUCACACAACAACCCUUUUAAACCUGCCAAAUCCCCCAUUAAAUUUAUGCUGCUUGGCCAUCCCAACUUUCCCUGAUGCACCAGCCAGGGUUUUAAUAGCAUCCUUCCCCUGCGUUGCUCAUGCCUUGGGUAAUGGGUCGGUAUUCAGGGUCACACACACAAAGAUUAGAUUUAUUAGAUCUCCCAGACAAUGUUGUCAGAUUUGUUUGUUUCUGACAUUUUAGAACAGCAUCCCAUUAGUAUUUUGAGAUUGGAAAAGGUGAUGGCAUUUGUGGUUGAAACGGACUAUUUAAACUCUUCCUGAUUGCAAUCUUUGAAAAAGAAUUUAAGCAUUUUUAUAUGACCCAGUCUUUAAAUUGCAUUGCAUCACUCUGUCUUCAAGGGGUUUUGGAUGGAUGUCUGUUCGGCAGAUGUUUCAGUUUUAUUCUAAUUAGAAGAGAAAUGAGGUCAGCAGAUGCAUUGAGUUCUGACCUUUCCAAGCCAAUCAUGACUCCUUUUUUAUGAGACCAAUAAAACCAAUGUACAGCCAGUGUUACAGAUCCUCCUGUGAAUGACGUUUUGAAGCAAACGUCAGGUUUGGAUCCAGACUAAAACCAUGUGUUCCCUAUGAAAAACAACUGGCAUGCUACAACAUGUUUUCCAAUAAAUAGUCCCCAAAGCAAGAGAAAAAAAAAACAUAUCUUGGUAAGUUUUAAUACUUUUUGAACUGUGAAUGCAAUAGUAAAAUGUAGCAUAGCCUGCUGUUGGUGGCAUAUGUACAAUUUUUUUGUUGUUGCAAAAAACAGGCUAGUUUCAUUCAGGAAAUGCUCUCAUGAAGGAAACAUUUGACAUAAUGUUUUUGGAUUAGCGGAACGUGGAAUCAAUUAAACUCUAAACACUUAAAUGAAUACGUACGAACAGACAGCAACAACAUCUGGCAUGUUAAUCCAGUAAAACAAUAAGCAUUUAGAGAUGGCUGUAGAAAAUGCAUUUCAUAAAUGAACUGUGGGACACUCUAAUUAGCCGGACAUCAUAACGCCUGCCUCAGCCUGGAGGCGGUUCCCUGUGGUUAAUUGCUCUCAGACUUUGGUGCUAGGGCUGAAAACGUAAAGGCUGUAAAACAUUGAUUUCCCCGAGGUGUGUUUGAGAAGUCUAUGGCGAGACCUCCGGACACAUUGUGCUGUUGUGGCCCACAGCUCUCUUCUGAUUAAUAGGAUAUAAUCUAAAGCCUAAACUAACCACAUUAUUCAUGAUGUUAAACAAACAGACAACUCAAGUGUUCCCAUUAGAUUACGUACACAACCUCUCAACUCUUCUCGGCUAUGCUGCGUGUUCUUUCCUCGAAAUGCUUCACCUUGCCACCUCUGUACGGACAAAGUUAGCAUGAUGAAAAUAUAAGUUAACAGCUUCAUCAGUCAAGAUGACAAGGAACACUGAGGCAGCCAACUUUACAAAGACAGAAAACAGAUAUUUGGCGAAUUUGUCAGAAAAAAAUACAAUUUUGUGCGCAUAGACUUUUAUAUCAUUUUUUUCUCGCUUAGUCAGUGGUUUUGGAUAUAUGCAUGAAUGUAUAAAAUGUCACUCAAAAUGUUGCUUUCAUGUGCCUCGGGAUUUCGAAAUAACAGCACGAUGUCAUGAUGGACAUGAUUGGAUAGACAUUUUAGGUUUUCUUGACACUUACAGCAACUGAUCACUCAGACACACCCGAUAUAAACUAAAGUGUCUGCACGAACAAAUCAAAUUACAUUACCUACACAGUGACGGUCAGUCUGAAAGAUUUGAUUUAUGUGCAGUGUGCACAGGUUUUUUUUUAGAUGAUAUAUUAAAACGUUGAUCUAUUUUGCAGGCAGCUUAGCCUUAUAACUAGGAUUAAGCAGCAUCUGUUACUAAGGCAGUGGACAGAUUUCACUCAGAAGGCAUCAUUUAUUACUGGCUCAUGCAAACUGAUGACAGAUUGUGCUUUCUAAAACAAAUAGCAAACCUAUGCUCAUCUCGUCAAUAUUUUAUAGAUUUAAUUAAAGUGACAUUAUCCAAAAUUUGCCCUCAGUCACCAAAAAAGUUUAAAAUAAAAACAAAUGAAGAGCAUAUUUUAAUUUAAUCUUUCACAAUCUUAGAUUUUUUUAGUUUCUAUAUUUAGUGGACUUGUAAUGUCCUUGUGAAUGAAUGUUAAAUAAUUUGUACAGAUCCAUCAUAAAAAAAUAAAUAAAAAAUAAAAAUCUAUAUAUGUACAGGUGCAUUACUAUUAUAACACAAGGACAUUUUAACAACUUGAACAAUGCUACUUACAGUAUAUGAAAUAAAUCAAAUUACAAACAGUAUCAUAUUUAAACUGCAUACACAUUAUUAAAUCCAUUCAAAAUCUCAACAGAACAUAAAUGUUAGUCUUGCAUAAAUACAUAUGCUAAAUAUUUAUUCUAAAUAGAAUAACCGACAAUGAAUGUAUCAAAGAAGUGAUAGUAAAACAAAUGUAGUCCUUUAUAUUGUUUUUACUAUGUACUAACAUUUAAAUUAUUUGAUAAAAUGCACUUAUUGUGUACUUGUGUGUAAAAACUACCUGCAUGUAAUUACAGCUGUUAUCAAUUUCUGUAUCAUUAUACAGUUGACUCUUCCCCUAAUCCUUAAACCUACCCAUACCACCAAACCCAUCCCUAAAAUUACAUGUAUCCAACCUCAAUAACAGCAAAGUGUUUUGCAACACAAUUAGUGCAUUGUAGCCUAAUAUAUUUAUAUGUAAGUACAUUGUUAAAGAUGCCUAAUAUAUAGUGUCUCUAACCCAGAAAUGUAAAGGUGUAACCACCUCCAGAGGCUUCAAGCUGAAGCGAGACAUCUAAAAUAAGUUAUUACUGUACAUCUACUGACAUCCAUGCACUGACAUCUCCACCCCAACAACUGUGGUAACAUGUUCCAUAAAGCCUGAAUUAAAAGGUGGAUGCUGCCACUAAAGCAUGGGACCAUAUAGCUGUAUGCCCACUGGAAGUGGGUCUCUGUUGUGUGUAAUGUAUAGAGUCCUAGGAGAAAACUCACAACCUCCACUAGAGUUGGAGUGUGUAUAAUACUAUAAUAGGAUUUAAUGAUACUAUAAAAGGAAUUCAAAUUUAAUCUGUGUGUUGUGUAAACAAGUCUGUAAAAAAGGGAGAAAAAAAAAACAAGACUACAUGAAAAGUCAAACAUUAUAAACUUUAGGCCACCAGUGCCUUAAACGUAUAUCAUAUUUUUUGGUGAGUUUUUCGUGAGCUUGUGAUCUCCUUUAUUUUCUUUGAAGAUUGAACAUUAUUGAAUGCUAUUGUGAAUUUGCUUUGUUGGUUUUUAAAGGAUGUGAUAUACAGGCUUGUGUUCAUUGUAUUGAUAUUACUUAUAAUCUAUAAUAAUCUGUACUAUGAUUGUUUGUGUUAUUGCCUUGGUUGUUGAAAGAUGGUUUAUCUCAAUACACCUUCAACACAGUGAAACAAAGCUAAUUCAGAAGUAAUGAAUUAAAUAUACUGUGCUGGUGAAUAGUUAGUUCUACAGAAUUGUAUAAAUUGUAUAAAAGUUUGAGAGAGUAUAUGUGAUAUAUUUGACACAUUUGUAUAUUUGACACCAUAUGAAGGAGUAUAAACAAUGUAAUGACACAAGUAUAUGAGGACUCAAUUUAAUAACUAUAACUGCAGUAUAUGGCAUAUUUAGCAGCAGAAUCUUGUCUUUUCUGUAUUUCCACUGCGAUUAUAAAUUGUGCUUGUAAACCCAAGAGACUGACGCUUGUUGCUUUCACAUUGUGUAAAUGUAUAUGUGAACCAGUGAGUCUGUCUGGGGCCACUGAUGCUGUGUAAUUUGUUGUUGUAAUCAAAUAAUAAAGCUCAUCAUCUCUGUA